UCUAACUCGAUGAGGUCAUCGCUCUGUUCGGUGUGCACACACACUUCUUGUGACAGAGAUCGUGUGUGUGGCCAUAAAAAGAGGAUGACGACUACAGACCACAAUUAAUCGGCCUAAUUGUAGUUCUGGGAUAAUUAGCCUUGUUUAGUUUUUUCAUGCAUAUCUUGAAGCAUCGAGAUAGGGAACGAUGAAUGGAAACGGCAAAGAUCCCGUAGGGGAAAAGAAGAGUUUCUCUAAAUGAAUUCUGGAAACCUUCCGAAGCGUUUGAGGGAUACAUUGUGACUCGGCGACUAUUUAACGUGGCCGCUCGGCCGUUUCCACUCGGGUCGGCGGCCCGCUGUGUGUUUGUGCUCCUCGUGAGGAACAAUCCCAACUCUGCUGUCUCUGGCCUCGUUAGCGCCUCUAGCGCCACCUACUGGGCACACGCUCCACCUGCAGCUCAUCUGGCUUCAGACCAGCUGAUGGAAGGACUUUCAGAUUCCAUCACUUAGAAUUUGACUGUCAUAUUUAAAAGCACGCUUUAAAAGGUGCUCAACGUCGUAGAAAUCUGGAAAUGCACAAGUUAUUUCGUAUUAUCUUUAUGUAAAAUGAACCGUGUACAGUUAAACGUAGCCGUCACUCUGCACCAGAUUGUAGCUCCAGCUCAUUACCUUCGCAUUGAAAAUGCCGGAAGGUUAUGUUUUGAUCGCCGUGUAUUUAUUUAUUUAUUUAUUUAUUUGUAUGCGUGUUAUUCGCAAAACUCAAAGUAUUGAACCGAAUCGCAUGAAAUUUGGUGGGAUGAUUGUUUAGUAUCCGGGGACCAGUUGAUUAGAUUUUGGGAUCGAUCGGGUCAACGGUCAAGGUCAAAGGUCAUGAACAGGUCAAAUCUUCUUGAAUCACAUGGAAUUUGGUGGGAUCAUUGGUUAUUAUCCGGGGACCAUUUGAUUAGAUUUUGGGAUCAAUCGGGUCAAAGGUCAAGGUCAAGGUCAUGGAAAGGUCAACAUCUUUUUUUUACCAAAGCACAAUACAUUUGUGUCCAAUUGGCAUGCAACUAAUGCCAAAAUGUUCAUAAUUCAAUGCCCAAUCUUGUGAUAUGCGAAGGUAUGCGCUCUACCGAGUGCCCAUUCUAGUUUGCAUCUGUCGUCCCUUGACAGACCACAAUAAACAUAAAACAAUAAUAAACAAACAAUAACACGGUGCAGGAUAUAAGACAUUAUUUACAGACGUCAGUCGUCUCCGGGCUUUUAAGUUUGAAUUAACCUUAAUUAUUACCUUCGCAUUGAAAAUGCCGGAAGGUUAUGUUUUGAUCACCGUGUAUUUAUUUAUUUAUUUAUUUGUAUGCGUGUUAUUCGCAAAACUCAAAAAGUAUUGAACCGAAUCGCAUGCAAUUUGGUGGGAUGAUUGUUUAUUAUCCGGGGACCAGUUGAUUAGAUUUUGGGAUCGAUCGGGUCAAAGGUCAAGGUCAAAUGUCAUGAACAGGUCAAAAUCUUUCGCCGAACUCAAAAAGUAUUUAACCGAAUCGCAUGAAAUUUGGUGGGAUGAUUGUUUAUUAUCCGGGGACCAGUUGAUUAGAUUUUGGGAUCGAUCGGGUCAAGGUCAAAGGUCAUGAAUAGGUCAAAUCUUCUUGAAUCACAUGGAAUUUGGUGGGAUGAUUGGUUAUUAUCCAGGGACCAUUUGAUUAGAUUUUGGGAUCAAUCGAGUCAAAGGUCAAGGUCAAGGUCAUGGAAAGGUCAACAUCUUUUUUUUACCAUAGCACGAUACAUUUUUGUCCAAUUGGCAUGCAACUAAUGCCAAAAUGUUCACAAUUCAAUGCCCAAUCUUGUGAUAUGCGAAGGUAUGCGCUCUACCGAGUGCCCGUUCUAGUCUAAACUGUGUCGGUGCGUCUAAUUUGAGGGAUUUACUUGGCAGGCCGUAUAUUUAUGGUCGUGUGUGUGUGUGUGUGUCUGUGUUUACACUUCUUUUAGUUUUUCUUCUUUCCCUCCAAUGGGGUUCCCUUUCUCCUGUCUCCUCCUCCCUCCCUCCCUCGCUCCUCCCUUCCUCUUCUCCCCACGGAGAUGAGGAAGCAGCUGCACAUGGAAUCGGAUCCAGGUGUGUGUGUGUCUGUGUUUAGGUGUGUGUGUGUCUAUAUGUCUAGGAGCUUCUUAUGAGCAGGAAGCUCCAAAGAAUGUUCCUCCAGAUUAGACUAUAAUCCCAGAUGCUUUGUUACGGCUGUCGUCGGUUGACUGGCUCCUCUGUUCCUUGAGGCUCGUCUCCAUCUUUGUUCUUCUCUCUCUCUCUCUCUCUCUCUCUGGUCAUCCUUCUUUAAAGUCUGAUCGGCCACACUGGUUAUAAAUUGUUAUAAUAGGUCCAUUUUCAGACCUCCAACAAGCCGUCGCCAGUUUCUAAAAUAUAUAAAUCUAGAUAUAGUUUCAAUUAACUUUUAAUGCUUGAGAACAUUCAGAAGUGGGAAUGUGACAUUUAUUAAAAUAAAACGCCUUCCGUAAUGUUUUCUGUCCAUCCGACAGAUCUCAGGAGCGCCUUGAGCGAACCGCUUCACAUUCGGUACAGAAAUGUCUGAUCGGAGGUCAAAGGUCACCGUGGCCUCACAUGAUGCGCGUUGGGUCAGAAUUUAAGGGUUGAUUUAAUACCGCACACACACGCACACACACACACCCCUGUGAUCAACAGUGUGAUCCGUUCCUGAACCCUCUGUGUAUUAAAGCUACGACCUCCGAGGUCGAGCUGCGGGAACCAGAGGAGUACGGGUUGGACCCAGCAGCUCCAAGUGUCUUCAUACGCCGUGACCUUUGACCUCUUAUGCCGACACAGCGGCCGGACACCCUGGUCUACGCUGAGUGAACAGAGCACAGGCCCAGAUGGAAACGGUCACCUCCCCGCUUCCAUCAACAGCUAGUCGGGAUUAAGGCCUCCAAUCACUGCAGAGACCUCGAUCCGGCCGUCGGCCCGCAGCCCGAUCCUCCUCCAGCGAGCCGCACACACAGCCUCCAGCCGGCCCCACGAGACCCCGGGGGCCGCCAUGUUGAUCAUCCUCGUCUUCAUCCUCCUCUUCCACCUGACCUCGGUCAUCCUCCUCAUGGUGGCGACCAUCAACAACGCCUGGUGGGUCGUGGCGCCGCCGGGUCGUGAGGUCAUCUUCGUCGACCUGUGGUACUCCUGCAACUCCACCUUCUUCCCCGUGGAGAACAGCCACACGUCGGCUGCAGCCUUUCUGCAGACCGUCCAGGCGACGAUGAUUCUGGCCAUCAUCCUCAGUUGCGUCAGCCUCUUCAUCUUCGUCCUGCAGCUCUUCAAGCUCGAACAGGGAGAUCGAUUUGUUUUCCCCGCUGUUAUCGAGCUGCUGGCCUCGCUCUGCGUGAUGAUCGGGGCGUCCGUCUACUCGGCUCAGAACCAGAGCUUCCACGUGCCGAGUCUCCGGAUCGGCUCCUACGGCUCCUCCUUCGUCCUGGCCUGGAUCAGCUUCCCCAUGACGCUCAUCAGCGGCGUCAUGUACCUGGUGCUCAGGAAGCGCAAAUAGAUGCCAAUAGCCCCUCCCCCCCCCCCCCUAAAACAACAGGAGCACUUGGACACACGCAUUAAAAUAAAUAAAUCUAAAGAAUACGCGUUUCACCCCAACAAACAUGCACACCCAUUCUCUCUGGAACCUUUCGGAUGUUCUAAUAAUGACUUAGCCACAUUAUUUGUGACCAGUUCGUACACCAUGAAGGCGUUUGUAUAAACACACAUUUUUCCACACACACAACUAUAACAUUUGCCCCCCCCCCCCCAACCCGCUGUGGGCUGGGUGCUCUCUCUCUCUCUCACACUCUCUUUUUUCACCACUAAAUAACAUUUCUGGAAACAUUUCAGUUGACGAAUGCGCCGCGAUUUCAAAUUUGAUCUGUAUUUCGAGUGAGUUUUCUACUUAAAAAAAAAGAAAGAAGAUAGAUCAUCGUCACUGUUCCAAAGUACUGAUCAGUCUCCUCCGCACAUUCCCUUGUGUCCUGCUUCCUAACCAACUCCAUUCAUAGGAGCUGUCUGAAAUAUGUGAUCACGGUGGAUAGAAGCUGUGUGUGUGUGUGUGUUUGGGGGGGGGGGGGUCGUCUUGUCUUAUUUCCGUAUUUCUUUGUGAAUCUACAGUCAAAAGGAAUCUACUUUGUACAUAUUUGCUGUGUGUGCGUAAAGUUCAGGUAAUUGCCAACAUUGCUUAUUUCUAAGACUGAAAUACUAAAACUAUAUACAUAUAAUAGAAUAUACCAUGUUCUGUUCAGUAUAGCAAACAGGAAGUGUAGUUGAGGUUUGAUGUAGGUUUUUAUUUGUUUGUAUUCUUGUGUUUUCUUGGUGAAAUCGAUGUGCUGUGAUAUUUCAAAUGACAACCUAACAACGUGGAAACUUGAAAUAGGAAUAACUUUUUUGUGUGUGUGUGUUUAUUAUAAUGUUUUUUUCUUGUUUUCAUUUUCACUGAGGGGGGGGGGAGACGAAAGCUAUUUAUCGUUUUAAAACCACUGUUGUGUAUUUCGGCCUCCAGGGAGCACCGGAGUCUUCAUCGUGUCGCUCUCUGGCCGCGCUUCUGUUCAUUUGGUCCUUUUCGCUGAAACAUCUGGAACGCCGACAAUAAAUGUGUAACCGUUGUGUACAAACACUUCUAAUUUCAGCCUUUUGUGGACCUGUAGUGAUAAUAUGUUCCUCUUUCUUGGUGUUUUUUGGGGCUUGAAGGGUAAACUGAGACCAGCCGGGUAUUAAUGCAUGAAGCUUGUUCCUUCAGAGGAGCUCUGGGAAUAUUUUCACGUCGGGCCACAUUUAGACCAGAGUCAGUUUUUUUUUUUACCAUCUCACCGGCGCUGAAGGUUCAGAGACGUGGAAGUGAAGCUUUCGCUCUCGAUACGUGAUGAAAAGAACACGUCGGAGGUCACGAUGUGCAGCGCAUCUCACGAGUGUUUCACUAAUUAAUAAACAAAGUGUUUGUCUUUCAAACGGACUCAAAGUUGAUGCCCGAAAAGAGGAUUACAAAAAAGGUUUAUUAGAGGUAAUUUAAAGUGUGUAUCUAUUUAGUUUAACUUUAGUGAUUAUGAAACGCAUCUAAAUUUAGAAUACUUUCACUUUAGUGUGAUAUUGAAUAGAAACAACAGCGAUCAUCGAAGAGUUGAGUUACCACAAGUAGUUGGAAAUGUUUUGUUUUAGGAUUGUUAUUUUCCCCCCGUAGUUUUAUAUCAAUGUAGAUGUACUUUAUCUUAUUAAAUGUAGUUGUGUGUGUGUAUAUAUAUAUAUAUACACAAGUAACCACAGUGAAAAAUGACCAUUUGAGCUGUUAAACUGUUUAUGGGUAAUCUUUUUUUUGUGCAGUUUAAAUAUUUCUAUUGCUUGAAGUAUUAAUGACAUUGAUAGUUAUGUUGCUUUAUAAUGUAGACAUGUAGACCUGGUCAAUGUUUGAAGGCCUUACAAUAAAAGUUUCUUUUCUUGCAUAAAAUUAAUUCAAAAGUGUGUGUGUGUUUUGGUUAAAUGGGAGAGUGUGUCAGGAAAAUAAUAUAACGUGUACUAUCAGUGUCUGCUGCUGUAAUCUGUGAUAUCCUCCUCAUGUAUUCACGUCAUCGGACUAACAUGCUCUGUUAUUGACACCUAGUGGACCUGUAGGAAACUACGCCACGUGGAGGUGAUAGUUUCAUGGUCGUUUUCAGACUCUCCUCCCCGUCGAGGAUACAAAGGUGCUUCUAAAGGUUGAUUCCUCUUGAUCCAUCAGAUGGAUCGCAAUAAAUGUAUUUUACAAUUUAAUAAAAUGUAAUUUGUGUGUGACAUGU